AUGCCAAAUCAUUCAUCGCUUUUCCAAGUGAACCUCGCACGACAAAUACUCUCACAUACCACACGGCCCGAACCCGGCACUCUUGAGAAAGACGGGAUGCCGAUCGGAGUCUUUUGCAGCGCCGUGAAUUACGUCCUGCUGACGCUCUUUCCCAUGGCAUUAGGCCGCCCAAAGAACGCCGAACUAAAUCUCUCUUUCGGCCAUCACAUUUUCAGCAAAGUUGCCCGCAUCGACUGCCUUUGGUCCCGCCUGACACAGGUCUCAACUUCAUUCCAAGUUGAUAUGGACAUGCCAAUGCUGGCAAACAUGAACAAGUCACAGCUUGCCUGGCGCCGUCUCGGCCCCACAUACGCCCUCCACACAAACGCCGCUCUCAGAACGGCGUAUACGUGGACCCAGGGCGGCGCAUUUGCGAGCAAUGACAACAACUCAACAGAGUCUGUGGGGACCUUGUGUCACGGUUAUGGUCGCGUACCACGCCCCGAUGGGGGCACGCGCGGGAAGCGUUCCCAGCCAAUCAUUAAGAAUGGGUCUCAGACCAAUCAGCAGAGGAACGAAGGGAACGGCUACCGUUCCCAGGAUCCAGUCUGGAACGAGAGGAACGAUCACCGUUCCUCACGUUCCCAGCAAAAGUUAGCAAUCACAACUACAGUUCGCUACAAGCUCGAAAGCCUACUGUUGAGACAAGUCUUUGUUGUGCACCCUUUGGCUGCACCGAACCUAAGCACCCUCGAAGAGAUUACCUUCAACCGAAGCUGA